AUGCACGUCGUCCCAGCCAGGAUUUUCCAGCACGAUCAAGAUUGGCAGCAGCAAAAGAAGCUCCUAAUUGCAGCGCUUCAAGAAUGCGCUGGCUUACAAGAAGGAAGGCAACUCCACGCACGGAUUUCACAGUGCCACAUCCUUCGCAGGGACCAGCUGCUGCUAAAUCUCCUGAUCAAGAUGUACAGCGACUAUGGCAGGAUGGAUCUGGCUCAAUACAUCUUUAAGGAAAUGCCGCGGAGGAACGUUUUCUCUUGGAACAUCAUGCUCGUAGCAUAUGCCCAGAACGGGCAUCUUGAACAGGCAGAGGUUCUCUUUGACAAGAUGCCGUUAAGGGAUGCCGUGUCAUGGAACUCGAUGAUCCAGGCGCAAGCAAGAGCCGGCAAUGGUGAUCGUGCCUUCCGACUGUUCGUACUGAUGGAUCUCGACGGCGUAAAACCCGAUAGAUUCGCCAUCGCACCAGUGCUAAGCUGCUGCUCGAGCUUGGCGAUGGCGGAUCUCAUGCACGCCGUUGCCCGCGACGGUGGGAGCGACGUGGGCUGCCAACACGUGGCGAACGAGCUGAUGAAGAUGUAUGGUCGGCUCGGCAGACCUCGCCAAGCCCAAGAGAUCUUCGAUGCUCUCCGGGACGAUGCCAGGGAUGUGGUGGCCGCCGCGACGAUGAUCACGGCGCUCGCCGACAAUGGCAAUCUACCACUAGCUCUAAAUCUCUUCCAUGGCACUCCCCAUAGAAACACUACGAUCUGGAACGCGAUCGUCUCGGCAUGCAAUCGCAAUGGAAGAUCCAAGCAUGCGAUUCUACUGCUGUGCGCCAUGGAUCUGGAAGGCGAUACUUCUUCCGCCGAUGCCAUCACCUUCGUGAGCGCGAUCGAGGCGUGCUCGAGUUUGGAGGAGGUAAAGAGUGUGUAUGAGAGCGCCGUCCAGGGAGGCAACGACGCAUUUCAAGCCAUGGAAGUGAAAACAGCGCUGGUGGAUUGCUAUGGCAAACACAGUGGAGUGUUAGAAGCACGAAUUAUCUUUGAUAGCAUUGAUAAUAGGGAUGUAGUUGCCUGGACGGCAAUGAUAACCACAUAUGCUCGCAAUGGGCAUCGUAAUUCGGCUUUGCAAAUCUUCCAGAGAAUGCAGCAUGAAGGAGUGGAACCCAAUACAGUGACUUUGAGCAGCGUUUUUCAUGCCUGCGCUGCCGCUGCAAGCCUCUCAGACACAAGGAAGAUCCACAGCUCCAUUUCCGGGCUCUCGAUCGAGCUUGACACUGUUGUGUCCAAUUCGCUCAUGGACGCGUACCGGAGCUGUGGAGCGCUCCAGAGUGUUGCGGGUGUUUUCAAGCAAAUGCCUGUGAGGAAUGUUGUCUCAUGGAGCUCCAUGGUUGCGGGAUAUGCCCAGUGUGGGUAUAGCAGCGAGAGUCUGGCCGUGUUCCAAGAAAUGGACUUGGAAGGCAUGGCACCGAACGAGGUAACUUUUGUGAGUAUCAUCUCAGCGUGUAGUCACGGGGGACUGCUGGAAGAUGGCAGGCUCUACUUCGUGAGGAUGUUCCAGGACUAUGGGAUUCAGCCAGGGAUGGAUCAUUUUGCGUGCUUGGCGGAUUUGCUUGGAAGGACAGGAAAGGUGGAGGAAGCCAAGGAAAUAGCUGCGUCUCACUCCUUGGAUUUAAGUGACUUGAGGAUCAUCCAGCACUCUUGA